GGUACGUUGAGUGGGUGGGAGUGACCGUAACCUAUCCGUCAAAUGUGCACUGAAGUUAUUUUUUCUGCAAAAAUUGAAAAGUUUCUGUGCCACCAACCAUGACAGAAAUCUUGGAUGAAGCAAUACCAGUGGAAGAUUUGAAGGUGUUUGAGCAGAAAUUCUAUGAAGAGCUGCAGAAGGGCAAGGGUGCAGUGAGUGAAUCCACACAGUUCCAGUAUGCAUGUUGCCUGGUGCGCAGUGGGUAUGCUAGCGAUGUGAAGAAAGGUGUCCAGAUGCUGACCAACUUGCUGAAGACCCCAUCCAGUGGAAGUGCUGAGGCAGCCACCACAAGGGACUACCUCUACUUUCUGGCCGUAGGCCACGCCAAAGUCAAGGAGUACGUGGAUUCCCUGAAGUUCGUGCGCCAACUGCUUGAGAAGGAGCCCAACAACCGGCAGGCGAUAGAGCUAGAGAGCAUUGUGAAGAAAAAGAUGGAACGGGAGGCGCUCACGGGGAUGGCGGUGACGGGCGGCGCCGUGCUGGCCGUCGGCGGUCUGGUCGGCCUGGCGAUGGCGCUCUCCAAGCGAUGAGGACACCGCCGCCGCGCGCUGAACACGACAGAGCCGGCCGACGCCGCCCGGCGUGGUCUCGACGAACGGGACGAACUGGGCGCCCACCGCAACCGUCAUGCGCACGGAAUGGGUGCCUGCAGAGCUCCUGGAAGGGGAAAAUGAGCGGGGAAUCUGUCUAUUUGGCUGUUCGCGAGCGGCGGCUAGAGCUCGGUUGACUGCGCGCGGUUGCCGGACGGUAAAUGAUGAAGCGUUGUGCUGAGGUACGUUAUUUGCCUACCCGUACGGAUUUCUGUUGCAGGAACGGACCCCACUGGCACAAUGAAUCGAUGUGUUGAUAUAUCCUAGAAGUUUUAUUGCGUACUCCAAAUUUGCAUUUAAGCGUGUGUUUUGGUACCAGGGCAUGUGUGACAAUAUAUAUUACAAGCCACAA